AAAAAACCUUUUACUGAAGUAAUUAAAGCCAACAUUGGAGAUGCACACGCAAUGGGACAGAGGCCAAUCACCUUCCUCCGUCAGGUAGUGGCACUGUGUACAUACCCAAACCUGUUGGACAGCCCGAGUUUUCCAGAAGAUGCUAAAAAGCGAGCCAGACGGAUCUUGCAGGGCUGUGGAGGAAACAGCUUAGGAUCUUACAGUGCCAGUCAAGGUAUAAAUUGCAUCCGUGAAGAUGUUGCUUCAUAUAUUGAAAGAAGAGAUGGAGGGGUUCCUGCAGAUCCAGAUAACAUAUAUCUUACCACUGGGGCAAGUGAUGGUAUUGCUACAAUUUUAAAGAUCCUGGUCUCAGGAGGUGGAAAAUCCCGAACAGGAGUGAUGAUCCCUAUACCACAAUACCCCUUAUAUUCAGCAGCCAUAUCUGAACUAGAUGCUAUCCAGGUGAACUACUAUUUGGAUGAAGAAAAUUGCUGGGCUUUAGAUGUGAAUGAACUUCGCCGUUCCUUGAAUGAAGCUAAGGCAUAUUGCAACCCAAAAGUCCUCUGCAUCAUCAACCCCGGCAAUCCCACAGGACAGGUGCAGAACAGAAAGUGCAUUGAAGAUGUGAUACACUUUGCUUGGGAAGAGAAACUUUUUCUUCUGGCUGAUGAGGUUUACCAGGACAAUGUGUACUCUGAAGGAUGCCAGUUUCAUUCUUUCAAAAAGAUUCUGUAUGAGAUGGGACCCGAGUACUAUAACAAUGUUGAGCUGGCCUCUUUUCACUCCACCUCUAAGGGAUACAUGGGCGAAUGUGGCUACAGAGGGGGUUACAUGGAGGUCAUUAACUUGCACCCAGAAAUUAAAGGACAGCUUGUUAAGCUGCUUUCUGUUCGCCUUUGUCCGCCAGUCUCCGGACAAGCAGCAAUGGAUAUUGUAGUGAAUCCUCCCAUACCUGGAGAAGAAUCUUACUCACAGUUCAUAAAGGAGAAAGAGUCUGUUUUGAAUAACCUUGCCAAAAAAGCCAAACUAACAGAAGACAUGUUUAACAAGGUACCAGGAAUUCACUGCAAUCCACUUCAAGGAGCUAUGUAUGCUUUCCCACGGAUCUUUAUUCCUUCCAAAGCCAUUGAGGAAGCAAAGGCGCAUAAAAUGGCACCUGAUAUGUUCUACUGCAUGAAACUUCUGGAAGAGACUGGAAUAUGUGUUGUACCUGGAAGUGGAUUCGGCCAAAGAGAAGGAAGCUACCAUUUCAGAAUGACCAUUCUUCCUCCAGUAGAGAAGCUGAAGAUCCUACUGGAGAAAGUGAAAGACUUCCACAUAGAGUUUCUUGAAAAAUACGCAUGAAACUGUGGCUUUUUCCCCUCAUCCUCUCCCCUUUAAGGCGAAUGCAGAAAAUGAACGAAGACGUGCUAAGAAUGUGCUGUUCAUCUAAUUUAACGAAAUUCUAAAUAGACAGAAUCCAUCUCAGAUACUGCUACAACUUAUUGGACUAUUAAAUUUAAUGUCUGGUAUAGAAGAUGUUACACCAACUUUUUUUUUAAGGGGAAGUG